UGUUCAUGCGCUGCCGUUUCCGCCGUCUCUUGCGUUCUCCUUCUGUCGCUCUCUUGUUGCUCUUUCAACAUUUUUAAUCUCUCUCAGAUUUUCCCUGGAUCCCUUGUACUCCUCAGGCUGUGAGCACUGGGACCCAGCACCAAUUAACCCAAAUCACCGCUGGUCAGAGUAGACAGGUAUCUUCACUGAGCCAAGAUGUCCCUGAAGGUGCAGGCUAGCAAUAUCACCAACAAGAACGACCCCAAGUCUAUCAACUCCCGCGUCUUCAUAGGGAACCUGAACACCGCCGUGGUCAAGAAGUCCGACGUAGAGACCAUCUUCUCCAAAUACGGCCGCGUGCUUGGCUGCUCCGUGCACAAGGGCUACGCGUUCGUGCAGUAUGCCAGCGAAAGACACGCCCGUGGUGCAGUAAUCGGCGAAAAUGGACGUGUGCUCGCCGGACAGACUCUGGAUAUCAACAUGGCGGGUGAGCCCAAACCAAACCGACCCAAAGGCCUGAAGAGGUCGGCUGCUGCUCUCUACAGUGGCUAUGACUUUGACUACGAUUACUACAGAGAUGAUUUCUAUGACAGGCUAUUUGAAUAUCGAGGUCGAGUCUCCCCGGUGCCCAGAGUGGUGCCUGUCAAGCGCCCUCGUGUGGCCAUACCUCUGGUGCGCAGGGUCAAGGCUCUACCUGUCAAACUACUGGCCAGGUCCUCCGUGCUGCCCGGUACUUCCAUUAAACAGAGACCAGUGAAAUCCAAUGAGCUGCAGGCCAUCAAGUCCGAGCUCACACAGAUCAAGUCCAACAUUGAUGCUCUGCUUGGCCGACUGGAAGAAAUCACAGAGGACAAAUACACAAGCACAGAACUGAGGAAGGAGGACUGCAAGAGUGAGGUCUCUCAGGAUGACUCGGGUUCAGAAGCGGAAGAGCUCGUAGACGACAACCAGGCCAGCGAGGUGGAGGAAGGAGAGGAGGGGACACAGGACGAGUGUGACGACGACAUGGAAAACCAUUUAUCAGAAAUGGAAUCCAUCCUGCAAUAAAAGCCAGCAGGGAACCUGGACUAGAUGGACCGCUGGAAACCCUUCUACUACCACAAACUCUGCAGGAGGACAUCGAGAACACAGGGGUGCCGUCAGAUUCAACAUUAGCCAUUAGACAGACAGGCAGACAGGCAGGCAGGCAGGCCACCCAUCAAUUGAGGUGGGCAGGGGGAGAGGCAGGCAGGCAGGCAGGCCAUCACUUGAGGUGGGCAGGGGGAGAGGGAGCACUGGGGUUGGGGGAGCAGCACGAAACAAUUUGCCCUGACAUCACGCAGAAAAAUAAAUACAUGUUGAGUAAUGGGUUGGUUGGGAGGUGGGUGGGGGGGUUCGCUUCAUAUAUAUGCUGCCUGGGAUGUUAGAAUUCCACAGGCAAAACACACACACACACACACACACACAAACACUACUCCCAAGAGUGUUUUUCAACGUUUCUAACUUUUUUGCAAAUGUGUACCUGAUGUGAGGACUGACAUUUUGUACAGUUAUGUCUGUCCUCCUCCCACUCUCUCCUCCAUCUCUGUUUUCUUUUUGUGUUUUUCCUGUAUCUGUUGUUUUAUUUAUAUGCAAAUCGAAAUAGAUGACGACGGUUAUUUUUAAUUACUUGUGCAGACUCCUUAGCUUGCACUUUCAAGACUGCAAGAGAUCUUUACAGAUGUAAAUAAAUGAUGAUAUCUUGUG